GUUAACAAAUAAAAAGUCAACACAUCUCGCGUGAUUGACAAGCAAAACCGUAUUUGAUCUUGACCCAUUUGAAGCACUUGAUCCUCUUCAUUUCUAUCAUAUUCAUCCAUCAUGGCCACUCUAACUGUUCCUCCUGUACCACUUUCUCCAAGAGAUGAUGCAAUUCAAUUACAUAAAGCCUUCAAAGGUUUUGGGUGUGAUACAGCGGCAGUGAUCGGUAUACUUGCGCAUCGAGAUGCAACGCAGCGGGCGUGUAUUCGACAAGAAUACGAGACGAUGUAUUCUGAGGACAUUCUUAAACGUUUGUCUUCUGAACUUAGUGGCAAGUUAGAGACUGCAGUUUUGCUUUGGAUGCAUGAUCCAGCAGGACGGGAUGCCGUUAUAUUGAAACAAGGAUUGACCAGUGAUUUUCUUAAUCUUGAAGCGGUAACCGAAAUCAUAUGCUCGCGAACAUCUACCCAGUUACUAACGCUUACGCAAAUUUACCACUCGACUUUUGGAUCUCAUCUUGAACAUGACAUCAAGCGUCAAGCUUCUGGGGAUCACGAAAAGAUUUUGCUUGCUUGUGUGAACAAACCACGGUAUGAAGGCAUGGAAGUCGAUAGGGAAAUGGCGGCAAAAGAUGCAAAAGAGUUGUACAAAGCCGGUGAAAAGAAAUUAGGAACCGACGAGAAGGUUUUCGUGCAAAUCUUUAGUGAAAGAAGUAGAGCACAUUUGGUUGCUAUAAACACAUGUUACCAUGACAUGUAUGGUGGAUCACUCAAAAAGGCUGUAAAGAAGGAAACUUCAGGGUUAUUUAAAAGCGCACUUUUGACGAUCUUACAAUGUGCUGAAAAUCCCACAAAGUAUUUUGCAAAGGUGUUACAUAAGUCAAUGGCGGGCUUGGGGACCGAUGACACAACACUUAUAAGGGUGAUUGUGACGAGAACUGAGAUUGAUAUGCAAUAUAUAAAGGCCGAGUACCAUAAAAAGUAUAAGAAGAGUUUGAAUGAUGCGGUUCACUCUGAAACAUCUGGUCAUUAUCAGACCUUUCUUCUCUCGCUUCUCGGCCCAAAUCAUUAAGUCGAUGAUCGGUUGUACUUGUCUAAUGUUGUUAUGGUGUUUGUUUGUGUAAUGUAGUGUUUAUGGUUGGGAUGUGUGUUUGUUUGUAUACUUGUGCACUAAAUUGUUCUUGUUUACUUGUAUGAAA